AUGGAGCUCAGGCACAAAUUCCACUUGAAGGCGUCUGAGAAGAAGUCGCUCGGUGGAUCGACUACCUUGUGCUCCGAGGAUGAUGGCCAGGACGUCAGUGACUUGCUCGUCGUGAAGUCUCCUGGCAGCGAUCAACGUGACGUGUUGGCGUCCGCUUCCGCACAGACCGCCCCGAUCGUCGAUGGCAACGGCGACAGCCCGAACCUACCGAUCGUGCUACCACCACACGCGGCCGCUGAAAAGGGCCCUGGACAAGACGACGGGCCAGAAGGCACAGAAGUGGAGUCACGGCGCCUCCCCAACCAGGACGAAGCAUCUACCGAGGGAGAUCAUCCCGAAGAAGAGGCCAUGACGAACGGCCUCUCUCGCCCUUCCUCCCCGAGCUGGAUCGGAGCUCGCCAUGUUGCGACCCAUGACGAACCUCAGAUUCGUGGCGAUUCAGCGCCUGGAGCACCCGCUUCUGCUGCCUCGGACAUGUUGACCUGGGUGGAAUACAAGUACUUUGGCAUUGCUGUGGUCGGCUUGUUGCUGGUGGUUCUUACCGUCAAGAGCAGAGUCGGGAUGGAGAUGGUUGCUGCGGCCAUGCUGGCGAUGUCGCUGGCUCGGGGUCGGGUGCCGCACGGGCGCGUGGCGGAGCCAAGGCGCUGGCACUCCUCCGGCGUGGGGCGAGUGGUGCUUGUGGCGAAGAUCGCCAUGGUGGACGGCUUGAGGGCGUUGGUAUCAUGGGUGUCAGAGCACGUCACGAGCAGGAUCAAGAACUGGGUGCCUUCGGUGCUUACGCGGGCGUUCUCGGUUGCUCGGAACCAAGUGUCGCGAGCACGGGCGGUGGACUUCCCGACCUGGCUCACUAUCGUCGAGGAGACGUGGAUGUCUCUUUCGGUGGUGAUCCUGGCGGCCACGUCCAAGAUCACGCCGAUCGAUGAGUCCAGCCCAUACAUGAAAGUGAUAUCAAAAUCUGAUAUGGCUAAGUGGAAUGCUUGGUGGUACGACUAUCGCUGGGUGGUUGUGGGCACGUUGAUGCCGCUCUUUCUCGGCGUCAUGAGGAUGGUCACGAACGACAUCAUUUCUAUGACGAUGCUGGCGAUGUGCCGGGUUCGGGGUCGGUUGCCGCAAGGACGCGCGGCGAGGCCGUAUCACUGGCACACCCUCCGCCCGGCGGCGGUGGCAGUUGUGGCGAAGAUCGUUGUGGUCGAUGGCCUGAGGGCGCUGGUGUGGUGGGUGUCAGAGCAAGUUGCGGCGAACUUUGUGUCUGGCUGGAGGGAGGUCUUCUGCUGGUCGGUCGUGCUAGGUUCCGGGGCCUACAUGCGCUCGUAUACUCUUGACGUCAUGAACAGAGUCACGAAAGGAAUGGUUGCCGUGGGCACGUGGGUAAACUCGACCGGUUUUCACCAGAGGUCUCCAGGGCGCGGGGCGGAGCCACCGCGUUGGCACCCAUUCCGCGCGGCGAUGGCCAUAUUCACUGCAGGGUUGGUUGCGAUGAUCGUUGACCGUAUCGCUGAGGCGGGUGGAUGGAGCGCAUCAGUGGUGUGGGCGUCACGCGGGGUCGCCGUGCUUGCGGCUGCAGCGGCAUUGAUGGCCUGGGUGAUGGUGGUGUACGUGGCGGCAGCUGGGAUUUUCUUCGUAUGCACCUACCGCAUGACAUUUCCGAUUCGAAUCCUUGUCCGGAUCUUCGAGCUCCACGACAAGUGGGGAGAACCCAACACCCUUCAGGUGCGCGAGUGGCGACGUAGCGUUGGACCACGUCCGAACACCAAUGUGCCCUAA